AUUUCUGAUUGUUGUAUCCAGGCUUCAGAGGUUUCCUUUGAGAAAGAAAGGCAUCUACGUCUGGUAAAAACGGUGUCCCUCCCGUGCUGAAACCAGAUGCCUCCAAAGUGUCUCCUCCAGAUGGUUCUUCAAAAGUGGUUAUAGGAGGCGGAGGGCGCUGCUGCUGCUAUUGCUGGUGCUUUUCUGGUAGCAUAUCAGACUCUGCCACUCUGACUUCCAGGAGAAGUAGGAAAAUGAGCUGAGAGAUCUUAGAGCACGAGCUAAAAAGAGAAGAAAAAAAACAAAAGCAGCAGCUGCGAUCAAGGCAAUCCAAGAGAGAAUGGAAGAUAAGCUCAAAACAGAAAUUGAACAAAAGGAAACUGAAGCAAAGUUAGCUUUGAGUGAAGCUGAAGAAAUGGCAAAAGCUGAGUUGAUUUCGGCAAUUGCAAAAGAGAAGGUAGCGCAAAUUGAAAAAAAAUGGCAGAGGCAGAUCUUAAUGAUAAAGGCGUUGUGUAUGGCAUUCUAUGCGCGCUCUGAAGAGGCUCGCCAAAGUCAUUCAAUUCACAAGCUUGCAUUGGGUGCACUUGCGCUGGAAGAUACACUCUCCAAAGGGUUGCCAAUCCAAAAUGAGAUAGAUAUGCUUCAGACUUAUCUUGAAGGAAUUCAUCAGGACUCAAUGUUAGACUUGGUGUUAUCAUCUCUUCCAGAGGAAGCACUAUCCACUGGAACAGAUACAGUACAGCAGCUGAACCAGAAGUUUAAUACCUUGAGAGGAGCACUUAGACACUUCAGUCUCAUUCCACCUGGUGGCGGAGGAAUCUUAGCACAUUCACUAGCAGAUAUAGCAUCGUGGCUCAAGGUGUUAAAGGAAGUAAAGCAGAGGAAAUAGUGAAUGCUUGGGUGAGACGUGCAAGAAACAGAGCCAUCACAGAACAAGCUGUAACUCUUCUCCAAUCUUAUGCAACUUGUGCUAGCCUCACUUGAUCAUCUGGCCCAGAGUCCUCAAGUUCAUUGAUUUUGGCCAGAGGAAGAAUCAUUGGUUGUUACGAUUCUCAAUUCUUCUGUUUAUAAUAACUGCACUAUGAAACAUACACUGUUUCUUUUAGGACUCAUCACUGGUUUGGUGUUUAAAAUCACAGUUGUCCUUAUCUGAGUUAGAAUUUAACAGAAGCAGCUGAAUGCGCUUAAAUUUUGUUAGAA